UGGUCUGAGCCUCUUUGUCCAAGAAGAGAAAGAAGAGCGUUGAGGACAGGCCACAUCCUAGUCAGGCUAAAGAAAUGUCAACAAUUGGGAGUUUUGAAGGAUUCCAGCCUGUUUCUCUGAAGCAAGAGGGAGAUGACCAACCCUCAGAGACUGACCAACUGUCUGUGGAUGAGGGGGACCCAGGCAAGGACCCAAUGCCAAAGCAGAUUUCAAGGCAGCCAAGCGUGACCAAAUCAACACUCUACCCCAAUCCUUAUCACCGGCCUUAUAUCUCACGGAAGUACUUCGUUACACGGCCAGGGGCCAUUGAGACUGCCAUGGAAGACUUGAAAGGCCACAUAGCCAAGACUUCUGGAGAGAAAAUUCAAGGCUUCUGGCUCUUGACAGAGAUAGACCACUGGAACAAUGAGAAGGAGAGGAUUUUGCUGGUCACAGACAAGAAUCUCUUGAUCUGCAAAUAUGACUUCAUCAUGCUCAGUUGUGUGCAGCUGCAGCGGAUUCCCCUGGGUGCUGUCUAUCGCAUCUGCCUGGGCAAGUUUGCCUUCCCUGGGAUGUCACUGGACAAGAGACAAGGAGAAGGCAUUAGGAUCUACUGGGGGAGCCCAGAGCAGCAGUCUCUACUGUCCCGUUGGAACCCGUGGUCCACCGAGGUGCCUUAUGCUACCUUCACUGAGCACCCUAUAAGACACACCAGUGAGAAGUUCCUCGAAAUUUGCAAGUUGUCUGGGUUCACAUCUAAACUUGUUCCAGCUAUCCAGAAUGCCCUCAAGAAUCCAAGCGGAUCUGAAAGACAAAAGAGACUGAUGGUGUUAACUGAACCUAUUUUGAUUGAAACCUACAUGGGGCUGAUGUCAUUCAUUGGAAACCGUAACAAACUUGGCUAUUCCCUUGCCCGUGGGAGUAUUGGUUUUUAGGACACUUUUUGAUGUGUAAGUACAUCAUCUACAGAUAUAUCAUUAUUGAAGAUUCUGGUUCAGCCUAUCAUAUUUUCAGACUGA